AUGGCCCCGACAUCUGCAGCUGCUCUAGCCGCGAUUCCCCUCCGCCCGACCUUGGGAGCAUGUUUGCUCGGGGUCUACCUCUCAUCGGUAUUUUACGGAUUAACCCUACUUCAAACCUAUCAGUACUUCUACAGAUAUUGGAGUCGUGAUAAGAUCUACAUCUAUGUCCUCGUCCUAGUUUUAACCACUUUGGAUACGCUAUGUACUGUUGCGAACAUGUACUCAAUGUGGUACUAUCUCAUCGACAAUUACGGCAACCGGGCCACAAUUUUGUGGGUGCAUUGGACCGUUACUGCGUCUUUGAUGAUGACGGUCGUGAUAGAAACACUUGUGAAGCACUUCUACGCUUACCGUCUCUGGAUAUUGAGCGGGAAGAAGAUGUGGCAUCUUGCGCUCGUCAUCGUUGUUUUCACCCUGGCCACUCUGGGUAUCGGCACGGCUUACAUUAUUCUGAUGUUCAAGAAUGGGUCCCUUCUCUACCUUCCGAAGAUUGGUUAUCUGUUGCGCAUAGGCUUCUCCUUCUCGCUGGCAGCGGAUAUUCUGAUCGCUGGGAGCAUUACGCACAUCCUUCUGAAAGGACGUGGUCGAGGAAUCAUGCAAACGGAUGGGAUCCUCAGGAAACUUGUAACCUACACCAUCAGUACUGGAGUCCUCACUAUUAUCUGCACAAUCAUGGUCUUGGUCCUCGGUCAAGUGUAUCGGAGUACCUUCUACGAUACAAUAUUCUACUUCCCGCUCAGCAAGUGCUACGUUAAUGCUAUGCUUGCAUUCUUGAACGUCCGAGACUCUCUUCGGGGCAAAAGAGAUACGAUAUCGGUCAAUCUCCGUAUGGCAGACUCCACGAAGUCGAAUCCAACACGGGACUAUGGCACCCCUGAAGACCAGUCGACUAAUACUUGCCCCGAAAGGAAAGGUAGGAAGCUGACCUUCAAUAAAACUCGAGAAGAGGCCACUAUCAUCUCGGUGACGACACACGCGACGACACACGCGAUCUAA